AUGUCCCCACCUUGCGAUAUCCUAGUCAGCUUUCCAGAUACCUCUGGUCCUCACUGCACCAGUGUGCCAUUAAAUGUCAGAGUCCACCUCGUCAUCCACAGAGAAGUCAUACUCGAACGUUUCCAUUUGACUUUAUACGGCACCUCCAGACUCGUAUGUGGACAAAGCAAGAAAACCACCGAACAGGAACUCACCAAAACCACAUACGAUGUGCUUGAAGGUGAUCCAGUCAUUUUUGAAAGCGGAACCCUCAAAUACGACGUUCAGUUUAUUUUCCCGGAAAACAAGCUGCUUGUUCCUAGCCAGCACGUUCUUCUUCCAGACGGGUCGCUUUCACAGUUCAGCUACUUUGUCAAGGCUGAAUGUACCACACUGAAGGGUCUAGAGCUCAAGGCCAUCAAGACACUUGAACUCAAGCCGUCUCUUCAGGGACUUCGUUUGUAUACGGAUUUCGUCACCACGACGGAAAUUGAGCCUCAUCCGCUUCGACAGCUGGAGAUCUUUUCCCGGCGUUUUUUCAUUCAAGAGGGCAGAAGCGAGGAGAAGUUUCUAGCCGUGAAGGUGCCGUUCCGGCUAGAAUUUGCUUAUAAAAGGCGAUACCCGGACCAGAAUUUCGGCAACACAAAUAACGUUUUUUACCAGAACGAGAGGCUAGGCGAUUUCGUGGAACUCUACCUUUAUACGCCCUUGUCCAAUGCGGUUCUUAUGAAGCUAUGCCAUGAAGCAUCCUGGUGGAAAAGAAAAACCACCACGCCGCUGUUACGAAUUCUGAUCAACGGAGUCAGUUUAAGGCAGGUUUUCGUCAAGAACGCCGUCUACAAAGAAGAUUGCACUUCCAUCACUCCUUUGCUAGAACAGGAAACUCAGAUGGCGGUGCGUUUGGAUGAAUUUGAAGAGGUGAAGAGAAGCCACUCCUGGGACAACGUUCGGCCCGAAGAGUACAUCACCGAUAAGGAGUACCGCUUCAAGUUUCCUUCCCUGCUUAUGCCGUACUCCUUGGCUACCGAUGCCCAGUCGUACUUUGAUGAGCUUGUGAGUCUGCACUUCUCUCUCAAGCUCCAGAUUGGAGUAUCGUUUCUUCCUACCCUUCCCGAUCAGCUCAUUGAGUUGGAGAGCAGAAUUCUCUUGUUACCGCAGGAUCUGACGAGAUUGGAGGAAAUAGCACGGGAAAAGACACGGAGAAUCUUUGCUUUUGAAAAGAGCGAAAAGCUACCCACCUACCUGUCGUCAGGUAGAGACCAGAUGGUGGCUCCAUGGAACGAGCUUGCGGAGGCAGUUUGA